AACGUUUACAUUCACAACAACAUCAGCCAUACCAUGGCAUCAAAACUAAAAAGCCAUGUAUUGUCAGCAUUCAAGAUGCACGGGUUUACAUUACGAAGUGAGUCCAGUAAGUACUUGGUAGAAGUCCUGGGGUCUGUGGAAGAUGACCAGAGAGAAGAAUGCCUCGACAAAAUCAUAGAAACUAUACAGAAGCAGCCAUUGUCCAGUUCACUUAUUACCAAAGCCACAUGUGAAACAGCUGUUCAGGAGUGCAACGCCGAGCAUGAUGAUGAAGGAGAAAAUGUGCUGUGUGUCAUUGAUGCCUUCUCUGUCCCUCGACUAUCCUAUGUCGCUGAUCGCAAGAAAUUCAUACACAAUAAGACGUUACAGCUGGGCAGCCCCAGUCUACAUGGGACCGCCUCAGACAAAGCCACGCUAUUUAGGGACAGAUAUACAAUACUCUACCAGCGGACACAGCGACAUGACCUGUUUACACCACCAGCUAUCGGAACCCAGGAGGAAAAGUCCAAAAAGUUUAAGCUGAAGCCAAUCGAGUUUUUACUGGGCAGUAACACUAAGCUAGGAGAUAUUAUUGUACUUGGAAUGUUAACACAGCUUAAAGAGGGUAAAUGGUACUUGGAGGAUCUGACAGGAGCUGUUGCUUUAGACCUCUCUAAAGCUAACUUCCACAGUGGCCUGUUUACAGAGAAUUGCUUUGUAUUGGCCGAGGGUUGGUAUGAAGACUCGGUGUUUCAUAUAAACGCCUUUGGCUUUCCUCCUCCAGAACCUGCAAAGACUACAAGAAAUUAUUUCGGAAAUGUAAAUUUUUUUGGAGGAUUAUCCAACAUCAGUGUUAAAGGAUCCGUGAGACUUAAACAUAUUGAAGAGGAGAAUCCGGACGCCAUGUUUGUGUUCUUGUCUGAUGUGUGGCUUGACCAGGUCAAGGUCCUUGAGAUGUUGAGGGUGCUUUUUACGGGGUAUUCUGAAUUUCCACCAGUCUGUUUUGUUUUGUGUGGAAAUUUUCUGUCGGCACCACAUGGAGCCCAGCAUGCUAAAGUGUUAAAAGAGGCAUUCUCUAGUCUAACGGACCUGAUCAGUGAGUUCCCUACGAUAGCAGAAAACAGUCGGUUUAUCUUUGUGCCAGGUCCUCAGGACCCUGGCCCUUCAUCCAUUCUACCAAGACCUGCUAUACCAAGUUCCAUCAUUGAGGAUGUAAAACAAAAGAUUCCGUCGGCCAUCUUUACCAGUAAUCCAUGUCGGAUACAGUACUGUACUCAGCAUAUUGUAGUUUUCCGUGAGGAUAUUGUUACUAAGAUGUGUCGUAACUGUGUCAAGUUUCCAGAGGACGGAGAUGUACCCUCACAUUUUGCCAAGACCCUAAUAUCUCAGGGUCACCUGUGUCCCCUGCCACUCCACGUAUGUCCGGUGUACUGGUCACAUGAUGUGGGACUCCGGCUUUACCCUCUUCCUGAUCUUAUAGUGUGUGCAGACAAGUUUGACCCCUUCCAGCAAACGUCUGUUGAUUGUACAGUGAUGAACCCGGGAUCAUUUCCAAGGACAGACUUUGCUUUCAAGGUUUAUCUGCCAGCCAGUCGACAGGUCGAAGAUAGCAAGAUAGGAGGCGGUGACUCCUGAGGGAACCAGGAAUUGGAUAUUUUAUGGCUAGAAGAGAGGGUGGGGGUUAUUGAUGGAGAAUUUGAUAUAAUUCGACACGUAUCUAUCCAGGGCAGACUAGAUUAGUGGAUUUUAGAUUUCCUGGAUGGAUUGAUUCUUAUGUGGUAAAAGUGCUACAAUAAUGCUCGGGAAAGUUUCUAAAUAAAAACUGUUUGCCUGUAGACAGUAAUUAUUAUUAAUGAAAAACAAUCAUAUACAAUUGUAAUCAUGAGAUUUCUAAGGAUGUAGAUAGAAAUUUCUCAAAAACACUUAGAUAUGUAACAAUUUUAUACAAUCAUAUUGCAUGAGAUUUGUACAACUUCUAAAGGAUGAAGGUAGAAAUUUCUUGAAAACUUAGAUACAAAAGAAUUUCACAGAAUGAACUAAUGUACAAUAUUGACUAAAUGUUGUAAAGCCAUUCCAGUGUAAUUUGUAGCCAAUUUUCUAAUUAAUUUUCUGAAUUAUACAUUAUAAUUCUUAUAGGUUUUGGAACAGCUGACAGUCUUAUCCUGCUGAAUGCAUGUAUUGCCUUAUUUGGUAGUAAUUUUAUCCUAUAUUUGAGCUUUGAUCAAGGACUAUGCCAAAAUCAUACUACCACAGGAUGGGAGAGUUCAUUUUCUUUAUCAUUAUAGCCAUUCAAAUCUGAUGUUCGUUAUGAUUCUUUAUAAACAGACAUUAAUAAAGAGAGAGAACUUGGGGUUGUCAUUCUAAGUUCUGUAAAUGUACAUAUUUUAACAGAAAUGUUAUUUUAGUUGAAAAGUUUAAAUAAUGAUUCACUAAUACUUCAGUGACAAAUAAUAUGGGUUUGGUGAUUGAUCAUUAAUUCUCUAAUCUGUUAAAAUAUGAUAAUGGGCCAAAAUUAGAGUUCACCAAAAUAUAUAUUUUCACAGUAUCCAUGAUAAAAGCAAAUAUUCUGGUUGAAUCUCACCAAUAUAAUAAAAUUUGUUGUACACAGGUUUUAAUAUUGUAUAACUUUUCACAUAAUAUCAACAAAACUCUUAUAUGAAUCAAACACAUUUUACCAAUUUUAACCCCUUUCCCAUGUCAUUUAUAUGUACAGGGUAUUUGAAUGCCACAUACGUAGUGAUUUUAGUUUUCAUAAGUAUAAUAUCUUAUGUCAGUUGUAAAAUGAUUUCUAUUUCAUCAAAUGUAAAUAGCUGAAAAUUAUCUCUUAUUAUUUUAUAAUGUAUAAAAUUAGACAUUAUUUAUUUGCUAGGUUACUUUUGAAAUCAUUUGAUUAAAGGAGUUUGUAUGUUUAAUGAGAUAAUGUGUGUGCCCAGGGUUACUUCCCUUUACCAUAUCUAGUUUUAACGGUGCGCUCCUAGACACACGUCCUCAUGACCAUGAAACCUCUGGUUUUACAUGGGAUGUUUAAAUUAAAUUGAAAGCUGUGGAUGGUUCAAAUUGCCAUUUGUCUCUGAUCAGCUACUUUCUUCCAUCUGUAAACAAUCCUUGUUAUCGCUAUUCUUUGAGAAGUUCCAGAAGGAUCGGUCUCAAAUUUCAUAAUUGUGCAUGUUCAAUUUUGAGACUGAUCAAGAUACAAAAUGGCAGACAGGUGGCCUCUUUGAAUUUUGAAAGUUGAAGUUUGUUAUUACGUUUCUCUGAGGAUCUUUGGAAAUUAUGGAAAUUAUUUAUAGGUACUCCUUUGAGCUGUACAUGACUACUUUUCUUCUGAUCUGUCCCUAAAUUGAACAUACUCUGUGAUUACCACAUAUCAAUAAAUUAUUCAGAGGAAAGGAAAGUACACAAAUGUUCAAACUCACAUAGAACCACAUUAAACAGCAAUUGGCACCAAGAUCUCUCAGGGAUCUCUUGUAUUACUGGUAGAAUUAUCUACAAAUUAACUAGCAUACUGAUAUUUUUGGCCGUAUUGAUUAUUUUAGAAAGUAAAAUAGAAUAACUGUCAUCCCAAUAGAUUUUGGUGCCAAACGUGCAUUAUUACACAUAUUCUACUACAAAAGUUUUCUCCAAUUGGAAUGCUUUUGAUUCAGAGAAGACUGCUCUCACAAUCUACAGAUUGCAGAUCACCCAGAUAUUAAACUUGUGUCCAAUCUUGUUUACGCCAUUAUAUAAUAACUUAAGCCUGUAGAUUAUAACUGAGAACUCAGAUUCAAGGUCACACUGCAGAACUAAAGGUCAAACUGGAGAAGCUGAACUCUAUUUCACACUGGAGAACUCUUAGGUCACACUGGAGAACUCUAGGUCACACUGGAGAACUCUAGGUCACACUGGAGAACUCUAGGUCACACUGGAGAACUCUAGGUCACACUGGAGACCUUUAAGUCAUACUUAAGAGCUUUAGGUCACAUUAGAGAACUCAAGGUCACACUGGAGACCUUUAGGUCAUACUUAAGAGCUCUAGGUCACAUUAGAGAACUCAAGGUCACACUGGAGAACUCCUAGGUCUCAGUGAUGAACUCUAGGUCACACUGGAGAACUCUAGGUCACACUGGAGAACUCUAGGUCACACUGGAGACCUUUAGGUCAUACUUAAGAGCUCUAGGUCACAUUAGAGAACUCAAGGUCACACUGGAGACCUUUAAGUCAUACUUAAGAGCUCUAGGUCACAUAAGAGAACUCUAGGUCACACUGGAGACCUUUAAGUCAUACUUAAGAGCUUUAGGUCACAUUAGAGAACUCAAGGUCACACUGGAGACCUUUAGGUCAUACUUAAGAGCUCUAGGUCACAUUAGAGAACUCAAGGUCACACUGGAGAACUCCUAGGUCACACUGGAGACCUUUAGGUCAUACUUAAGAGCUCUAGGUCACAUUAGAGAACUCAAGGUCACACUGGAGAUCUAACAUAAACGCUCCAUACCUCACUGAUCUGCCAAUGUAAUAUUCAGUCUUUUAACCAAGAUUUGUAUAUGAAACAAACAAAAAUCCUUAAAAAAUGUACAUAUUAUUUUUCUGUGUAGAUACAUGGUUUUACUAAGUGCAUUUUUUUUUUUUUUUUUUUUAUAGGCAGACAGGGCAUUUAUUAGGUUGAAUAAAGUAAGUCUGGCACUUCAAGAUAUCCAUUAUAAAUCCAGGAACUUGUUAAACUUCACUGUAAAAUAAAUACCCGAGAAGGUAAAGUGAUUAAUUCAUUCAUUGUAUUGUUCAUACAUGAUUACCAUUAUUUUCUUAUAUGAUUAAAAUCUACAGUUAGAUUUAUUUAGGCAAUAUUUUCUACUGUUGGGCACAUUACCAAACAUGGACCUAUUUCUGGCAUAAUGAUGAACAUUUCAUUCUCAGAACUGAUGUAAACUUCUUUUUUUUUUAAAGGUUAACCCAGUAAGUGCAAAAUUGAUUGAAGUUUUUGGAGUAUCAUUCUCAAGAUGGAGGAAAUUGAUAUUAAAUAUCUGUUAUAUAAUAAAAUGGUUGUAUUAUUAUACUGGAAAUUGGUUUUUACUAUUAGACAUUAACAGCCUGUUCCUGAUGUUAGGAAUAAGGGAUAGGAAAAUUAAAUUUAUAAUUUGAUAACUCAUUCAGUUUAUCAUCAAGCUUCAAAAAAAACAAUCUCCAAAUUUUACUUCAGAAAAAUGAAUUUAACCAAGUUGAAAGGUAAUUUCAUCUUUUACAAUUUAAAUAUUUCUACAGCUAUGUUCGAGUUGAAGGUUACUGGUAAUGUUAUUAAGUGAGGGAGGAUAUUAAUGUAUGAUAGUAAUACAAAUGUAUUCUGCUGUGCAGAAAAGUAAAUAAAUCAUCUGUCAACUCGA